AUGCCAGAUACAAUCAACCUUAUAUUAGAAACAACACCGUUAUUGACGCAUAGCCCUAUAUUAAAAACUACGUUAUUUAAAAAACCAGUAUAUUUAUAUGCUACCAUAGCAGCAAUUGGAGGAUUUGUAUGUGGAUACGAUACAGGUUCAAUAUCCGGUAUAAUCCUUUUACCUACGUUUCAAAAACAAUAUUUCAUUAAUAAUUCACUACCAUACUACGAAAGUAUGCUGCUUACAUCUUUUCUUGCUACUUCCAUGUGCGGUGCAUUUUUUUCAGGUUAUUUUUGUGAUCGUAUUGGAAGAAAGUACUCGAUGAUAUUAGCAUCCAUUUUACUUUGGUUGGGUAUUCUAUGCCAGAUUCUGGGAUUAAACAUCUCAUUAAUCAUUUUUGGACGACUUAUGGGUGGUCUAGGUACAGGGAUUAUGACCAAUGCAAUACCUCUAUAUCAGACUGAAAUUGCACCACCUAACAUACGUGGCCGGUUAAUAAGUAUAUUUUCACUUUUAGUGUCAUUUGGUCAAAUGAUGGGAUAUUUUGUCACCUUUGGAAGUAGUUAUCUUCAAUCACACUGGUGUUGGCGAUUGCCGUGGUUAAUGCAAUUAGUAAUAUGUUUUAUUUAUAUUAUAGCAAUCUGCUUCCUUCCCUUUUCACCUCGAUGGCUAAUAAAUGAAGGCAAAGAGAUAGAAGGCUUACAAGUGCUUUCUAGAAUAUAUAACUUACCUCAGGAUCAUAAAACUAUUAAAGCUGAAUUUUUGGAGAUAAAGACAACUAUUGAGGCUGAGAGAUUAUUGGGACAGAUACAUUCUUAUGCAGAACUAUUUAAUAAAAAAGGAUCCAGUAUAAAUAGAACUAUAUAUGCUUUUUUUAUAUCCAUUGCUACAUGCUUUACAGGAAAUAUUAUGAUUACAUAUUAUGCGCCUCAGCUCUUUAAAAAUGCAGGUCUAAGUAACGUAUCUGCUUCCAUAGCAUCAACUGGGGGCAUUGGCUUAUUAUCGCUGAUAUGUACAGCCUUAUCAUUACAAUGGUGGAUUGAUUUGUGGGACAGAAGGUCACUAUUUUUAAUUGGCUCCUUUAUUUCAUGCAUUUGUAUGUUUGUUAUUGGAUUCAUGUUCCAUUUUUAUGCUAUUGUUGUAGAAGAUGGUAAAAUAAACCUUCCUGUGAUUGUAUCUGACAUGUAUGCAAGUUGGACAAUUAUUUUUUGUAUGUAUCUCUUUUCAGCAUCAUUUGCAGGGACCUGGAGUGUAGCCAACUAUGUAUAUACAACCGAAAUAUUUAGCAUACGAUGUCGUGCAAAGGGGCUUUCACUUACAUAUGCUAUUAGCUGGGCGGGAAGUAUCAUUAUUACCUAUUGUGUUCCUUUUUUUUUAACUUAUACUAUCUCUGGUGUAUUUUUUUUCUUUGGCAUUUGCUCAAUCCUUACUUUUAUUGGUAUUGGAUUUAUACCUGAAACAAAAGGAAAGACUUUAGAACAAAUAGACUUUAUGUUUAAUGACCAUAAUAAAUGA